AGUGUAGAUCUACACACGAAGAAGGCGGAAGUGCUCCUGCCACGUUUAAUUUGUUUAUAGCAAGAAUGACACAACACGAAGGACAACACGAGAUAAGAGUUUAAACCUCGAAGGAAAGUACUUGAGAUUUUGUCGCUUAAAAGGUUGUUGUUUUUUGGAAGUUGCGGGUCUCGAAGUAGCUUGGAAAGAGAAUGAUAUCUGCAGUUUGAAACGGAAGACUUCGCUGAAUUUUGGGUUUGAGUGACCCAGACAGGUGUCAUGGUUCUGAGCAAGGGCACAAGCGGAAGUGGGGAGUCAACUCCGGACGGGGAGACCGAGUCUGAAACGUUGAAGGCGAUGAAACAUUUCCCACGGUACGGCUCCAUCGUGGGCGAUACCUGCCCCACCUGUCGGGGCACUGGACGAAUUCCAAGAGGUCAUCAAGACCAACUGGUUGCCGUAAUCCCGUGCAAUGACAAAAGACUCGAACCCAGACGCACGAAGCUGUACGUGUGCGUGUCCAUGGCGCUGUGUCUCUUCCUCAGCUGCCUCAUCCUCUUCUUUCUCUUCCCCCGGAGCAUCACGCUGACCCCCGUCUCGGUGCUGUCCGUCAUGGUCUACUUCACUCCGAACACAGUGCAAAUGGAAGUCACGAAUCUCAUCAGAGUCAUCAACGACAACUUUGUUCCAGUCCAAAUCAUGGCGCUGGAUGUCCAGGGUCUGAUCUCCCGCGUGGUGGUGGGCAAAAUCAAGCUGUCCAACAUGACGGCCAUCCCAUCACGCUCGGACAAAUCGUACACAUAUAAAAUUGACCUGCCGGUCACCGAUAAAGGCCUCAGUACUUAUUGCCAGUCCACCAUCAUCAAGAUCCACACCUUAUUCCUGGAGCUGCAGAUGACCAUGAACAUCUCAUACUUGUCCCACACCGAGCAGCUUUCCCUGGAGACCUUUGAGUACAUCGACUGCGGCACCAACUCCACCAUGCCGCAUCCUGUCAGAUAAACAUGAGCUUUUUUUUUUUGUCUUUGUAUUUCAUGAUCAGUUUUCAUGGGAGAACUCAGGAGUAUAGUUAGGUGUCCGGUGUGCUGUGUGGAUUAGAUGAGCAGUAAACACACACACACACCCUGCUUUGCUGUGACCAAAGAUGCACCUUUGUGACACUUGAAUGCAAGAUUAAUCUAAAGAAAAUAUUUUUGCACCUUUUUUUUUAAAUGUGCCAAGUCAUUUUCAGUUUUGACACCUUGAAGGGAAUAAAACUAAUCCAAGUUUGUGUAUGGAAAUUGAAAUGUCCAGUAUUUAGAUGACUAACAGUAUUUAUGAUCAUUAUUUUGAUUGUGUUCACGUGUAACUGUUCAAUGUGCUGUUUUAGUCACUGAAUAAAUUUAAAUAUUGAAAUAUAUCAAA